CCUUUGUAUGCUAAGUUUUGUCUUAAUGGUAUGGCUUUCCUCCCCUUUCUUGAUCAUGAAAAUCUUGUAUUUCAGGUUUCUCGAUCAAUUGGUGAUGUAUAUCUCAAAAGGGCAGAAUUUAACAAGGAACCUUUGUAUGCUAAGUUUCGUCUUCGUGAACCUUUUAGCAGACCAAUUUUGAGCUCUGAGCCAUCUAUUUCUGUCCAUGAACUUCAACAGCAUGAUCAGUUCCUCAUAUUCGCUUCUGAUGGUUUGUGGGAACACCUUAGCAAUCAGGAUGCUGUUAACAUAGUUCAAAAUCACCCUCGCAGUCAGGGAAGUGCUCGGAGACUGGUCAAAGCUGCCUUGCAUGAAGCAGCCAAAAAAAGAGAGAUGAGAUACUCAGAUUUGAAGAAAAUUGACCGUGGUGUCCGCCGCCAUUUCCAUGAUGACAUUACAGUAGUAGUUGUAUUCCUCGACUCCAAUCUUGUGAGCAGAGAUGGGCCGGUGAGAGGUCCUUCUUUAUCAGUGAGGGGUGGAGGUGUUAACCUACGCGCUAAAACACUGGCUCCCUGCGCAACUCCUUUGGAAACUUAGUUCUGGCUGAUUAAACCAGCCCUAUGCACUGUUGAUACUUUUGUAUUUAGUGUUGUACUCUUAACACAGACUGAGCUUUGGGGAUCUGUCAUCUUGUAUAUCAAAUCCAAAAGAUAAUUUUUUAAUCAAUUCAAUAGAUAUCAAGAACAUCAGUUUUUUCUUCCCUUUCUGUUUUGGAUUGUGCUAUAUAACCAGCAACUUGGUGUAUCUCACUAGCGUGAGUAAUAUCAAGAAGAUAGUACCGAUUUAGUCCCUGGA